GUGACUGUAAAGGUAUCUAAAGGUAUCUAGUCUUCGUAUUCGGUGGUAUCUCUUACUUGAUCCAAUUGAAUAUCGAUCAUGCCGUAUGGACUAUUAGCCACUCUCACGUGGACGCUUUUCGUCCUGACAUCGUUGACGUUCGCAUGGCCGAGCUUUCGUCGUCGGGAUAUCUUCGACAACGCCGUGGACAGUCCCGGCGGAUUGAUCGCUCAUCUGCGGAGUUUUGGCAGUUCACUCUAUAGAUUCCCUAGCAAUGAAACCGGAUUGAAGGUGGCACAGUGGCGCGAGGACAUGGAUGUAAAUCCGGAGGAGUUAGGCGAAUACGUGGAAGGAGACAUCCUGUUUCCGUCGAACGUCGGAAGAAACGGUCUUGCAGCGGUCUCUGCCCGGUGGCCCAACGGCGUCAUUCCCUUCAUAAUUAGCCCUUAUUUCAACGCACAGCAGCAGAAAGUUAUAUACGACGCAAUGGACGACUAUCACAAGUACACGUGCAUCAGAUUUAAGCCGUACACGGGAGAGGAAAGCGAUUACGUCAGAAUCACAGCCGGUAACACCGGAUGCUGGAGCAGCGUGGGUAGGAUUGGCGGCCGGCAGGACAUAAACCUUCAGGUUCCCGGUUGCCUGACGCAGAAGGGCACGGUGAUACACGAGCUGAUGCACGCCGUUGGCUUUUUGCACGAGCACAGCAGAUACGAGCGGGACGAUUACGUGAAUAUUUUGUGGGACAAUAUUUCGGACGGUCACGCGUACAAUUUUAACAAGGCUACCCCGGAGAUCACCUAUGCCUUCGGAAUCGGUUACGAUUACGAUAGCGUGAUGCACUACUCGUCGACAGCGUUCUCCAAAAACUAUCAAUUGAAAACCAUCGUGCCCAAGAGACAACUGAACGGUGGAAUAUUGGAUAUUAUUGGCGGAAUAUUCCAAGGAAACAGCGAGGUAAAGCUCGGUCAGAGGGAGGGCUUUAGCAAGAAGGACAUUCUGAAAAUCAGGAGGAUGUACAGAUGCGGCAAACGUACUGGCAUAGUUAACUACGAUGACUAUCAGUACUGAUGAAUGAAUAUUAAGCAACGUCUUCGCACGUGUUAACACAAA